UCAAACUCGUACUCAGGGCUUCUUUUUUCUCUUCUUGACAAUCUUGAACAGCAAGAAAAAAAUUUUGUACAACAUUUGUUAAGUUGUAAAGAUGUUAUUAAAAGACGUCGAGAACGUAAUAUAGAUUGAUGAAACGUAGGAGGAUAUAUGAUAUUCUUGAAUUGUAUUAAAAGAACGCUGGAAUAUAUAGCUGUAUAAGAACAAACCCGGGACAACUCCAAAUAUAUUGUUUCUUAUAAAAUUCUGAUUGCCUGAAGAGCAGAAGAAAAAAUUUAAGCUCCAACUUUAUGAGGCGUUUACAUCGCAUUUUAAAUAAAGGAAAAAUCCUUUUUUUAUGGAAAAACAAGCAAAAAAAACUCUUUCACGGAAACAACACUCGAUGAUUAUAUGCAUUCAACCACAUAUCCGGACUCUUAGUCCCGCGAUAUUUAAAAAAUAGACAAAAAAAUCUAGGAAUGACGUUGAUAUUAAGCCCAAGUCAACAAUACAUAUUUUAAAUACAAUCUCGUCCCGCCAAUUUUCGUCUCCUUCUCCCUCUUAGAUUAUGUCCCUCGCCGCAAUACGCAACCAUAUUUUAUAAAAGAAACUUUCAAUGUUUACUACCUGCGUUUUACUUCUUAUUUGUGCGCAUUUACCACUGAACAUCAACACCGCGUGCUUGGUUUUGUUGUUCUUUUUUGGGAAUGUAAUUGCGGUUUAAGUGCUAUUUUGGUAUCAAUUUUUUUUUGCUGUAUUGGCACAAAUAAAACAGCUGACACAGCACAAUACCAAGAGUAAUUAUCAACGGCAAUAAUGAUAUUUUAUGAUUGCAACAGAGUUUCCAGACAUUUUUAUUUUCUGCACCAAGACAUUCACUUUAUAAAGUGAUACUGCGUGCAGAGGCUUAAUUAAUCCCUAAGAAUUCAAAAGUAUGACUGUUGAUUGCGAAACACGUGCAGAAAAUUCUCCGACAUCUGACGAGCAAGAUGCUGAAUACCUUCACCUCAGCGACAAGACACUUAAUGAAAAUGUAGAUACAGUCCAAGUAGAGGUUGUACCUAACGGUUCCAGUCAUGAGAAGCCUAAGGGAAAAGAUGGUGACGAAAAAGAGAAGCCCAAGCCAGCAGAGACAGUUUCCAUUUGUUCUCUGUUUCGUUAUGGUGACGUACUCGAUGCUCUGCUUAUGUUUAUUGCUCUGAUUGCUUCCAUGGGAAAUGGUGUGGCUCAACCAGCAUCUUUUGUAAUUUUCGGAGAAUUAAUUGAAGAGUUUGUUGAUUUCGCUAAAGAUAUAAAUGGAACCACCAGUAUUGAGGACACAAUGAAAGACUUUGCAGUAUAUUAUGUCUACGUAGCUAUAGGCAUGUUUGUAUGCUCCUUUUUGCAAGCAGCAUUAUGGUCCGUCUCUGCAGUCAGACAAAUACACAGAAUACGAAUUCAUUUUUUUCAAUCCAUUUUGAGGCAGGACAUCGGAUGGUUUGAUGUCAAUGAAGGAGGGGGUUUGACAUCUCGACUGUCAGAUGACCUUACAAAAAUGCAAUCUGGUAUCGGCGAUAAAGUUGGAAUGACAGUACAAGCAUUAACAAUGUUUUUUGCUGGCUUUGGACUUGGGUUUUCUUACAGUUGGAAACUGACACUGAUUAUUUUGUCACUGACACCAGCUAUUAUUAUUGGAGGUGGAAUCACUGGCAAAGUUGUAGCAGCCUUUACUUCCCGUGAACAAACAGCAUAUGCUGAAGCAGGAGCUGUAGCAGAGGAGGUGAUUAGUUCGAUACGAACUGUUGUUGCUUUUGGGGGACAAGAAGAUGAAAUAAAAAGAUAUGAUCAAAAAUUGAUAGGAGCGGAAAAGGCUGGAAUAAAGAAGGGUGCAACAAUGGGCGGAUCAUUUGGAUUUUUUCAUAUUGUUAUUUUUUCAUGUUAUGCUUUGUCAUUUUGGUAUGGAUCAAGAAUGGUUGCUGAUGAGGAACUGACAUCUGGCAAACUUAUGCUUGUUUUCUUCUGUGUUAUGAUUGGUGCUGCACAAUUGGGACAAGUGUCUCCAAAUUUUGAAGCAGUUACAGCAGCUAGGGGCGCAGCAUUUCAAGUUUUUAAAAUAUGUGAAAGAGUUCCUAUAAUAGAUUCUUUAGCAGAAAAUACAGGAAAGAAAGUUGGGGAAGUAGAUGGUAACAUUGAACUAAGUAAUGUUCAUUUCCGUUAUCCAUCUAGACCAGAAGUAAAGGUUCUGGAUGGGUUCAAUUUGCUUAUUAAGAAAGGUUCAACUGUUGCGUUGGUUGGGGAAUCUGGUUGCGGAAAGAGCACUAUUGUUAAGCUUAUUCAAAGAUUUUAUGACACAGAGGAGGGAAAGGUAACUCUAGAUGGAGAAGAUUUACGGGAGUUAAAUUUAAAAGAGAUGCGUUCAAAUAUUGGUGUUGUCAGUCAAGAACCUGUCUUGUUUGAUAUGACGAUUGCCGAAAACAUCAGGUUUGGUGCAAGAUUUGGUGCCACUCAGCGUGAAGUGGAAGAGGCAGCUAAAAAUGCUAAUGCACAUGAUUUUAUCAUGACAUUGCCUAAAGGUUACGACACAAAUGUUGGUGAAGGAGGUGCUCAAUUAUCUGGUGGUCAGAAGCAAAGAAUUGCAAUAGCACGAGCGUUAAUUCGUGAUCCAAAGAUAUUGCUGUUUGAUGAAGCUACUUCAGCUCUUGACACUGAGAGUGAAGCUAUUGUACAAGCAGCUAUGGAUAAGGCUAGCGAAGGACGCACAACUGUUAUCAUAGCACAUAGAUUAUCUACUGUCCGAAAUGCUAGCUCAAUCGUGGCUGUAAAAGAUGGAAAAGUAGCAGAGAUUGGAACGCACAAUGAAUUAAUGGAAAAACAAGGGGUAUAUUACCAGCUUGUUUUGCUACAAACAAUGGCAGACGAAUUGGAAGAGGAAGAUUUAACCGAAACAGAGAAAGAUGAAAUUCUUAAAGCUAAAUUUAUGCGCAGCAUUUCUGCUAUGUCUAGUGGAAGCGAAGAAGAACGAAAUGUUUCCGUCAAACUUUCAAAGCAGUUAUCUAUAAGACAUUCGAUGAGAGCAAAAUCAACAGUUGAUGUGAAGAAAGACUCGAAGAGUGAAAAGGAAGAGGACUAUAAACCACCCCCUGCUGGUAUAGGGAGAAUUAUGGCUUUAAAUAAAACAGAAUGGCCUUAUUUAGUUGUGGGUGGCUUUUUCAGUGCUAUUGUUGGUGCCUUUCCUGUAGCAUUCGCCGUUAUACUCAGCGAGCUUCUUGUAACUUUUACAAAACCACCUGAGCAAAUGAAAGAGGAGUCACGGAAAUGGGCGUUAGGGUUUUUAGCCCUGGGUGUUGUGGAUUGCGUAUCAUUAUUUUUCUCUGCUUACCUGUUUGGGAUAGCAGGAGAAAUUUUAACCCGUCGAUUAAGGAGAAUGACAUUCACAGCGAUACUGAAACAGGAAAUUGCAUUUUUUGACCAUCCAGAUAACAGUACCGGAAAAUUGACAGCGAGACUUGCAACUGAUGCAUCAAACGUGAAUGGAGCUACCAGCAGUCGUUUGAACACGAUGAUACAAGUUGUAUUCAUGUUGUUGUUAGCUCUGGGCGUAGCAUUCGGUUACAGUUGGAAACUCACCUUAGUGAUUAUCGCUUUUGCUCCGUUUUUACUGUUUGCUGGUGCAGCUCAUACGAAAAUUUUCACAAGCUUCGCUGCCGAAGAAGGUAAAAGGCUAAUUCAUGCGAGUGCUUUGGCUAAUCAAGCUAUUAUGAACAUAAGGACUGUCGCUACGAUUGGAAGGGAGAGCUACUUUAUUGAGAAAUAUACUGAACUCAUUGAGCAACCGUACAGGCAAUCUCUUCGAAAGUCUUUUGUUUUUGGCGUUACGUUUGGUUUAUCGAGCUCACUUAUGAUGUUAGCGAAUGCUGCUGCAUUUUCUCUCGGUGGUAAACUAGUGCAAGAUGAAGAAAUAACAUUUGACGAAAUGUUCAAAGUUGUGUUAGCUGCAGUGUUCGGCGCGAUGAUUGCUGGUCAAAUUGCUUCAUUUGCUCCUGAUUAUGUUGCGGCUAAAGUGUCAGCUGCUCGUAUCUUUAACCUGCUUGACCGUGUUCCUGCUAUCAAUGCUUUUAGUACAAGUGGAUCUCGUCUAGAGAAAGUUGAUGGACACAUCGACUUUGAAAGUGUGUCUUUCAACUAUCCAACUAGGCCUGACGUCAACGUUCUGCAGCAGUUAUCAUUUGGAAUAAAAUCGGGUCAAAAAGUGGCGCUGGUUGGCGCGUCUGGGUGUGGCAAGAGCACCAGUGUUGGAUUAUUAGAAAGAUUCUACGACCCCUUUGAAGGAACAGUUAAAAUCGAUAAUCACGACAUCAAAGAUUUCAACGUCAAGUGGUUGCGUUCGCAGCUGGGUUUAGUGUCACAAGAACCAGUCUUAUUUGCUCGCAGCAUAAAAGAUAAUAUUAAAUAUGGUCUGGACGAGGAGAUCGCAGAUGAGCUAGUCCAAGCUGCAGCUGAAAAAGCCAAUAUACACGGUUUUAUUUCAAACUUACCAAAGGGUUACGAUACAAUGGUUGGAGAGAAGGGAACGUUGAUUUCAGGCGGUCAGAAGCAACGAAUUGCAAUUGCCCGCGCGUUGAUUAGAAAUCCCAAAAUAAUGUUGCUUGAUGAAGCUACUUCAGCCCUAGAUUCAGAAAGUGAAAAGAUUGUACAAGAAGCACUUGAUGUAGCCAUGGAAGGCCGUACAUCCAUCAUUAUAGCGCAUCGUUUAUCAACCGUGCAAAACUCUGAUCUUAUCGUUGUUGUUCAGCAUGGAAAAAUUGUUGAAAUGGGAACACACCAAGAAUUGAUAGCUAACAAAGGACCAUACUUCUUGCUGAAUCAAGCACAGUUGUAAGAUUUAUAAAUCAUACCGAAAACUGGGAGAUAUUUUUAUUAUCAAUUUUUAACAGAAAACUGAAACUCCAAAAAAGUGGAUCUGCUUCGCGACAGGUUUUAUUAUAUUUUAAGUUAUAGACGCAAUAAUAUUUUUGUUACUAUUGGAAUACGUUACUGGUAUUUAUGGUUUAUUUAUAUAUGGUAAUCUUCAUAGUUUCAUUGUAACGUUGUUGUUCCAUUUGUUGCACAUAUUGUUGCAAAUACUCUUUAUGAUGCAGCGUUUCGAAAAAAAGCGUUUUGAUGUACAGAAAGGGCUCUAGAUGCUUUUCCCCAAGCGAAAUCUUAUAAAUCUAUAUAAAUUUAUAUAAAUUUUUCUUUAGUGUUUUUUCCACCGCCGUUUAUAAGUAUAGUAGUGAUGCGGAAAAUUCCAUCGGUCAUUAUAUAACGAAUCUUGUUUUUUCGCCUCCACUUCAUAUAUAAGAGAGAUAAUACUGCAUAUGUAUGUUAAUUUUUUUACAACAUAUUUUUAGGUAACUAUUUACUGAUAACUAUGUUAUUUUUACUCUUCCUCGUUACCAGGGUUUGUUGCCUCAGGUCAAGCGCAUACUUGACAGAGUUCCUGACCUCAAAAAGACAAGAACCUCUGGAAACGGGGUUGAUUUUUAUUUCAAGGGAUUAUAUAAAGUUCAGUUAAUUGUGUAUCACUUAUAUAAAAUAUACUUCUCUUGUUAUUA